CACGGGCUGAACACGGGCAACUAGGACAAGCAGGGAGAGUGCUGUGGUCAGCCUGCACCAUUUGGGCCAAAGAGCCUGUUUCAGUGCCGUGUUACUCGCUGUCAGUGAAAAGCUCAAAGUAAAUAGUUCAUGGAGUUUUACCGAAGUUGUAUCUAAUUCAUAGCGCGGUGUCGCCAUGUUCUGAAACUCUUUGCCCCUCUUUGAAAUUCAACAUUUCUCUGUGCGCCACUUCAGACUGCACAACAACCUUCGCGGCAUUCUGCUGUUUUGCGUUCGACGUCCUAUUUACCGUUUAUUCAUUAUUUAUUAUUAACCAUGUACUCGCGUCUCACACGAGCAAAGAAUUUCACUGCAGCCUGCUGUAUAAAGUCAGUAAACUAAUCUGAAUGUCUGUGCCUGAAUCGAAGGAGUUCAAAACAUUUCGAUUGUUGUUUCCUCCUGUCUCACCUCAUCCCGCGACCUGCCGCCGGUUUCAAAAGGCGAAAAACUUAAUGAACUGAUGUCUUCCAUACCUUGGAGAAGAUUUAAAACGCAAAGGAAUGAUUGAAGUAGAACUAUUUCUUUCUGUUCAGCCGGAAUUGGUUGAGCAAUCUUCGUGCCAGCAUACUGGGGUUUGUUUGCGAGCAGAGGUCAAUGCUGGCGUCUCAUUGCCUUUUACUGACUGCGCGCAUUUUACUUACUGCCCGUUCGCUCUGGAGAACAUGGAGUUCUCGGCUUUCCCCCUGCUCUUGUUCAAACUCUUCGACAGGCUCACGGUGCUGGCCUUAUUCCGCACCAUCUUUUGCCUGGUCUUUGACUUCAUGAAGAGGCGGAAGACGUGUGGGAACUACCCUCCCGGGCCCCGGGGGUUCCCUUUCGUCGGGAACAUCCUGCAGGUGGAUCUGAGCAACCCUCACCUGUCAUUCGCAAAGUUGUGGAAGAAGUACGGCGAUGUGGUGAGUUUAGAGUUUGGAUGGACAAACCUGGUGGUGCUGAGUGGCUUCAAGACCCUGAAAGAGGCUCUGGUGAAGAAAUCGGAAGAUUUUGCAGACCAGCCAUCCUUUCCGAUUUAUGAGAAGUUCUUUCAGCGGGUCGGGGAGGGUAUCGUCUUUGCAAAGUAUGGGAACUGGUGGAGAGAACUGAGAAGAUUCUCACUUUCCACACUGAGAAACCUUGGGCUUGGGAAGAAGUCGCUGGAGUUGCAAAUUGUGGAGGAAGCAGAACUUUUGAGUAAAGCAUUUGAAGAGGAGAAAGGACUUGCGUUUGAUCCACAUUUCAAGAUAAACAAUGCCGUCUCAAAUAUCAUCUGCUCAAUUGUCUUUGGAUAUCGCUUUGAUUAUCAAGAUAAAAAAUUCCUUCAAUUUCUCCACGUCAUUGAAGAAGUUUUCCUCUUGGAGGGAGGAUUUUGGGGUCAGAUGAUGAAUACAUUUCCCUUUAUUCGUUGUCUCCCGGGGCCGCAGCAUAAAAUAUUUGAAAAUCAAGAGAAAGUAAUUCACUUUUUACAAGAAAUCGUUACAGCACAUAAAGAAUCAUGGGAUCCAAACACACCUAGGGACUUCAUUGAGGCUUUCUUAGCCGAGCAGGAGAAGGAUAAUCCGGGGACAAGUUUCCAGGGAUCAAAUCUGAUCGGUACAGCCUUUCACAUUUUUGCUGCUGGUACGGAGACAACCUCGACCACCCUACGCUGGGGUUUGCUCUUCAUGAUGCUCCAUCCAGACGUACAGUCUCGGGUUCACGAGGAGAUUGACAGAGUGAUUGGGAAGGAUCGAAGGCCAAAGUUGGAAGACCAGGAGGAAAUGCCAUUCACGAACGCUGAAGCCAUUCAUGAAACACAACACUUAGGGAAUAUUGUUCCAGUCUCACUGCCCCAUCAAACGUACAGAGAUACCACAAUUAUGGGUUACACCAUCCCUAAGGGAAAGCUGAUUAUUCCAAACCUUACCUCAGCCUUGUUUGACAAAGACUCGUGAUCGACUCCAUAUCAGUUCAAUCCGGGACACUUCCUCAACACAGAGGGCAAGUUUGUGAAGCCAGAAGCCUUCAUCCCAUUCUCUGCAGGUCAUCGUGUGUGUUUGGGGGAGCAGCUGGCAAAGGCAGAACUCUUCAUCUUCUUCACAUACAUGCUCCAAAGAUUUACGUUCUUUCUCCCAGAAAAUGAGCCAAAGCCAAACUACAGGGAUGCUCAAUUCGGAAUUACCCUCAGUCCAGCCCCCUAUUGGCUCUGUGUUAAAGUCAGAUAAGAUGUGUGCGGGACUUUUCCCAGGAAUUUCCCUGCCUGGGUUUUGUCCAUAUUCCAUGGCAUACUGUAGUUUGAAAUGAUUUAAUUUAUACAUUUACAGAAAAAACAUGAAGACAUAAUUUGAAAAUAUC